AAGACAGAAGGACGAAUGUCGCUCAGAUCGCGGUCAACCAUUGUUCGUCGGAAUCAAAGUCGGAAUCCAUUGUGACCAACUCCAUCCACCAAACCUGGCGUACCUUGCGGCAAUCAUUUUCUCCUGGCUCUCACGCUGCACACGUUAGCUCACUCAAGGUGGUAAAGUUCACGAUGGAACAAACUCAACACGGGCGAUUCACAAUAGCGUGCUUUAUAUAAUGGACCACGUGUAUUGAUAAUUCGUGGAAAUCUUUGCUUAAAAACACCAGCAAGGACCUAUCAUGCUAGACAUUUCGUAGUGUUAGGCCUACUUGUUUUGACGUCAGUUACUAGUAGGCCUUAUUGGUAACUUACCCCUCAAUUUACACUCUUAAUAGCAGUAGCACGUUUGGCGUAAGACUUGACUGUGUCACGUUGCUAUAAGAAUGGUGGCAACUGGCGGAAAAUAAUUGAAUGUGGCGGCUGCCGGAUAUUGAAAGUAUUCAAGCGCUAUAUAUAUUUUUGAAAAAGAGUUUGCACCCCAUCAUAUCUCUUCGCACUAUCUGGCUUCCGUGUUUAUGAAGCCCCAUCGGUGUCACUUUCCCUUUGUGAUCACUGCAGCGCGGCUGGACCUUUUUAAAGCUUGUUCGUGGUGAAUCCAACGAACUGCAGGUAGGCCUACCAUCGUUCAUAACGACACACUUUGAAAAAAUAAGAAAGCAUGUCAUCAAAAUUAAAAAAGACAUUUCGCUUGAAGACGGUGAAGCUGCCCACAGUUCACGAACCGAUUUUGACGGAGGAUGAGUGUGACGAGCUCAGUCGUUACCAAUAUCCCUGGCAUAACAUCGUUUUUGAAGGCGGCGGCAUGAAAGGCUUCGCUUACGGCGGAGCAGUCAGGGUGCUUGAAGAAACAGGAAUAUGGAGUCAGGUGAAACGACUUGCUGGGUCAAGUGCUGGGGCAGUAACAGCGGGAUUGCUUGCGGUGGGAUACAACUCCCACGACCUUGAGGCACUUUUCAAUCACCCCGACCUGGAGCGCAUUUUUCUCGAUGCCAGGUUUGGUUUGUUCAGUUUAUUUCCCAACAUGAGGAAACGUUUUGGUUGGCAUCCAGGCAACAAGCUGUACUCAUGGUUUGGCAAGAUGCUAUACAAGAAGACAGGCAACGCUGACAUCACAUUUGAACAGGUGUACACAAUGUACGGCAAGGAGCUGUGCAUCUGUGUGACAAAUAUCAAUUUUUUGGAUUGUUUUUACUGUCACGUAAAGACGACCCCGGAUAUGCCAAUUAGAAUGGCCAUGCGCAUGUCAGGCUCUAUUCCAGGGGUUUUCUGCACAGUUAAGAACAGCCUGAGUUCGUUUCCUGAUCAUUACGUCGAUGGAGGCCUGUUGGUGAAUUACCCCAUCCACGCCUUUGAUGGCUGGUAUCUGUCCAUGAGACCGGAAGACACAUUCCUGAAGAGAGUACAGCCCCUGAGAGACAUCCGCAAACUCUGGGACCGGAAGGAGCGCUUCAGGCACAAAAAUGAGCGGACCCUGGGCUUGCUACUGUAUUCAGAUUUUGAGCCUGAAGUGAUGAAGGAUGCCUUGAACAAGCGCCAUUCCUACUACCAGGACUAUGUUCAGGCCACACCCAACACCAAACUUGCCAAGAAAAGAAUGAAAAAGGCCAAGAGUAAUUACAUUGAGACCCAGCACAACAUUCUAAUGGAAGCGAUGGACAAGCUUUUGGCUGAACUGAACAAACAAGACGUAAACAUGGAUGGCAACAUUCAGUUGGAUGAAUGGAUGAAGGCAUUCAACAGUAAGGAUUCAGAGUUCACAGAUGAGUACAAGAAGAUACUGUUUGACGAGGAUGGUUCAGAUCCAGAGAAGAUAUUCAACAAGUUAGACUUCGACCAAAAUGGAGAAAUCAGCUACCGGGAGUUGCUAUACUGGGCGGAGAAACGAGGGCUGAAACUCCUCUCUGCCUUCCGAGGGUACGAGAGGCGAGAAAUCAAGUCAAUGACGGAGUUCUUUUCGACGUUGAUGGAGUGCCUGCUUCUUAAUAUGAAACGAGUCUUCAUUCAGAUUUGUGCAGUGUUUCUUACCACAUCAUUACUUCGUGAAAUUCAGAGGCAGUGUCAUAGAGGGAUGUUUGUCACAGUGCCAGUGCGACAGGAACGGGUGCAUUGCAUAGUUGUUUGGGAAUCAGUGAAGUUUAGUUCGACCAAAGGAGCCUCAGUUGCUAAGAAUAUUACGCUCUCUUUAGACUCAGCUCCAGGCUCAUGGAGUACUGCGGAUAACGACCUGUUCCGCACUGUUGGAAUAGAUUGCAGAUAUCUGGAUGCCAUGGAUUUCAAUAUGGACACGGAUGACAAGAGGUUCCUCAUUGAGCAAGGCAAGUUGGGCUGCAUGGCCUACCUGCGAGAGUUUGUGGACAAGUUCAAACCGCCCCCUAGAAGAAAGAAGUUGAUGAGCCAAGACAGCAAGAAGUUAGAUCCGGUGACCCUAAAGGUCACACGACUGCUCAACAGUGAGUCCGAUGCGGAAGGGCUGGCCUCGCCCAUGCCCCCGACGACUGCUGUGCCCGAGGACGCACCCGAUGACAUCUUCGGCAGAGAGAUGCAGGAGGUGAGUAUGAAGGUCGACAAGCCUAGCUCACCUGCUUGCAACAAGCAUGUCAAAAUAACCCUGCCGGACAUGCCAGAGGAUGACCAUGACAGUUCAAGAUCAGUGGCCAGCUGCGAAGAUACACAGUUGGUGAUAGGGGCCAACGCUGCCCCUUAAUUCAUUCGUUGUGGAAAAUGCAUUUACUUUAAAAUGUCCUGUCCUCAAAUGAAAUCUGCUCAGAUGCUCCUAGGAAACAAUGAACAAAAACAUCUUGUGCAGUAAUUCUCACAUCUCUGGAGCUGUAUUCCUUGUCAGUUGUAAUAAACUGAUUGUAAUUUACCUCCCAGUGCAAGGUUAAGUCAGAUACAUGGUCACAGUGGAGGUGUAUAUGUGAGCUUUCUCUUCGGGAACUAGUUCAAAUGUUUGAAGACAGACAUUUCAUUGGGGAUGAGUGAAAUUCGCCAGGUCUCAGGCAUAGCCAUCCAGUCAAAGAGGCAUCUCCCUAAGAAUAAGCAUGUUUAAUAAGAGACACUGGUGCUCUUAGUAAUGCAAGACUUUUGGACAUUUUGUGGUAGCCAACAUAUCAGUCCUUUCUCCCAGUUCAGGGCAUGCGUGCAUAGUUCUGAGCAAGCACACAGUUGUGGGAAAGGACCAGUAUGUCAGCCUCCACCAGGGUCUUAAAGUGUCCCGUGCAAUGUAUCUUUCUUCGGAUACAGAAAUAGUAACUUUUAAAAUUGACUGAGGUCAUUCUGUACAAAAGUUGCUUAAGUUCACAUCAAUAGCUCAUUUUGUAUUAUGGAGUCCAUUUUCCUCAGAAGCGUAUCUUUAUAUUUGUUGAAAUUUUAGUCGUAUCUCUCUUUGUAUUUUUCUAAAAAGUGCCUUUUGAUGCUAUUUUUGCCCCCCCCCCCGGUCUUUACCUAUCAUAUCUAGGCUGAGGCUCAUUUUAGGCAUGUUAUUUUAGUGCCCUUAACCUCAGAUUACCUUAGAUAUCACUGUCAAUUGUUCUUGCUUGAAUCCAGUGGGGAACUUCAUUUGAAAUAUUGUUUAUACCGGUGUCUUGUCUAUGACUUUUGUAAAAAUAAAUUUGUAAACUGUCACUUUAUUUUGACAUCUGCACUUUGCACAGGUUUUUGGAAUAACUGCAAUGCAGACAAUAGUCUAUUUUUCUGUUGGUACAUGUACAUAGACUUUUUAUUUCAAGAAGAUACUAUUACUUUUGUAACUGUUUGAUUUGGUUUUCCAGAGUACUUUUAUUUUUUAAAUGUAACAAACAGUAACUGUAAAUGUAUUUUCGUUUUGUCAGUCCUUGACAUUCCUAUCUUGCAAUGUGAUACUGAUGCCUUGUGGAAUUGUAUGAUUUUUGAGAAUCUGAUAAUGUUUUGAGCACUGUGCCUGUGCUGGUGCCAGGUUCGACUGGGAAGAGCUCACUGAAGACAUAUGCAAAACUUCUACUGAGUUUGACAUGGAGGAACUCACUAGAAAUUUCGUGCAUUUCUGUCGACCACUCCCAAAGAGAAUAACUUUUGUUGGGGAGGGGAGGUCUCCCAGUAAUGGCAGAAGUUGAAUGGUAGAAUCCAUUGCUUCAGUCAUGCUUCCGCCAUUGCUUAGAAAAAGGACUCCUUAUAAUCUGGGGCACUUCAAUCUUUUUCCUGGAUUUUGCAAAAUCAGUGGUUAAUCUAUACUUUGGUAACAAUCUUCAGUGGUACUCUUUUGACAGAUUUUUUUCGUCACCUGCUGACAGUGACAAUGAAACUAGAUCUACAUUUGUACAUGUUAAUAUUUUUGUACAUAAAAGUGAACUUUUUUUUACAGUUUUUGGUACCUUAUUCGCGACUUGAAUUUCAUUUUGCUACAUAUAUUUUUAUGCUGAAAUAUUUCUUAGAGUUCAUAAAAGGCAAAAAGCAAUACAGUUUACAAGUUAUCUUUUACAGCAGGUUGGUUCAUAGCAUUUAGAAUUCUUUGUCAGCUGAAAAGUUUAAAUUGAUUAGGCCUAUUGCAUCACUGUUACAAAAGCCCAUGAAAAUAAAUGGGUAAAGGUUUGGUCAGAUUGGUUUGGUCUUCGAGAAGUUUUCACUUGAAUCGCCCAGAAUUCAGGUUGUUAAUAGGCCUAACCAAUUUAAACUUUUCAGCUGACAGAAUUCUAAAUGGUCCGCUUUGCAGUGUUAUUUACUUUGAAAAAAAAAUGUGCAAAAAAGAUUGUGGUUUAUAGUAAUGAUAUUGUUUAAAGCAUGUUAAAGGACUUGCUGAUUUGUAUGUGUAUUUCGAUUUUUUUUACCCAUCCUCAGUCGCCUACACAAAAUGCUGGAUGACUUCACCUUUAGACAGCCGGUAGUAAAAUGAGGACAGGUGUUGAAAGCUUCCCUCAUUAACUGGGCUCAUGAGGCAGAUAAGAAAACAGGCUUUUGAAGAUGUGGAUAUAUAAUGUUUCUGCAUCUUGGCAUUUACAUACAUUGUACAUUGACAAACUUGCUGGAAUAGUUUGGCUGUGGUACAUGGAUGGAAAAAAACUUGACUUGAAAAGACUAUGUGGCAGAGAUGUGGUCUUCCAUCUGCAUUGAACAAAUUACUGUAUUUGGUAAAUAAAUCUUGGCAAACAAGAGCUUGCACUUUGGAUUAACCCCCGAAGGAGUUUGUACUGCGGCGCGCACCGCACGGUCAAACACUGACGCGCUCCAGUGUUAAAACGAUGUAUCCCAGGUGGGAUCGGUCCCUGUGAUCGGUGUGUGCAUAUCGAUAUGAUUCACAAAAUGUUAGCGAUCACUCACACCAUGGAUACUCGUGUGGCAGAGCUAGAAAUGUUUAUGUUAUUAAGUACAUGUUUUUACAUAGAAGUAGUUCCCCUUUAAAAUGUUUAACUUUAGUUUAGAGUUUUUGAUUUUUUUUUCUAGUAGUGUGCCCCCCUGUUUAUUUGUUUAAGCCCUAGCUUCCCCCAUAUAGAGUUACCACAUGGUCUGGUCACACUCAGUGUAGCAGAUCAGCAGAGACCAGUCACCUUCACAUGUACCUAUGUAUUGU